UGCAUCUUGAGAUGUAGACAUGGCAUUACCUCUUAAGAGUUCUGUUGGGAGGUACAGUGGAACACUGAAAAUCUGAGCCCUGGGAAGUCAUUUCUUCAAGCCAUUGCUUUUCAUUUCCGCCGCUCCACCUGAAAUUCCUCUGUCUCGGCCUUGACACCACUGACACCGCCUUUCUUUUUGGCCUGCAUUUUCCUAGGGUCUUCUACACAGUCAACAGAUCUGCCUGACUCUUCAUCAGUAGGCUUGCUACAUCCUUCUUUAGCUCAGUUACUGACUUUUCCCUUUUACAUAAUUGUAAGCCACAGGAAACUGCAAAAAGUGUGCACAGAGAGGGCCCAGGCAUUCAAUGUUCUUCAGUGUCACACCUUGUCUAACUGUUGCUUCACUAUCAGAACCAGGGAAAUCUCAUUGGAAGACUCUGAAGAACUUAUUAAAGUCUCAUCAGCUUAGUGUGUGUGUGUGUGUGUGUGUGUGUGUGUGUGUGUGUGUGUGUGUGUAUGUGUGUGUGUGUGUGUGUGUGUGUGUGUGUGUGUGUGUAUGUGUGUGUGUGUGUGUGUGUGUAUGCGUGCGUGCAACAUGGAUCAUAGAUUUUUGUGAAUAUUUAUUUUUUUAAAAACUUCCAAUGUAUUUUCCAAGUUGGUGUCAUCGUUACAUAAAAUAUCCCUAAAUUUCCAUGUGUCUCUUAGAAUAAAAGUUGUGGGAAAGAGUGACAUCCAGUCUGAUCAUUUUUAUGGUAUUGAUACUCUAUGGGAUCAUAUCUACAAUCUUAGAGAAGCUUAAAAGAAUUAAUCAAGUAGAAGUUUAUCAAGGCAAAGUAUUAUAGCCAAAUAUUUACACAUGUUAUAUAUUCUCCCACCUCUUUGCAAAUAUGGGUAUCAUCUCUGAGAAGGGGCGGCCUUGGUAUUUUAGGAACACUGGUCAAAAGCCAUUGAUUACUCAGACUUUCGGUGAGAGAAAAUGAGGCGCAGGACCUGGGAAGGGAGACAUCCCUGAGUUCUCCUUAACACAGACACCCAGCAGAGAACACAGCACAUCACAGUCCAAAGACACCAGCGUUGAGACGGGGAAAGCACAGCUGUGUCUGUUUGCCCAGGCCAAAGAAGCACUCGAGAAUAUUGAAGUUCCUGUCGGCUGCCUCAUGGUCUAUAACAAUGAAGUUGUGGGGAAGGGAAGAAAUGAAGUGAAUCAAACAAAAAACGCUACUCGGCAUGCUGAAAUGGUGGCCAUCGAUCAGGUCCUGGAUUGGUGUCAUCGACAUGGACAGAGCCCUUCGGCGGUAUUCGAACACACGGUGUUGUACGUCACUGUGGAGCCGUGCAUCAUGUGUGCCGCUGCCCUGCGCCUCAUGAAAAUCCCGCUGGUCGUCUAUGGCUGUCAGAAUGAACGGUUUGGUGGUUGUGGUUCUGUCCUAAACAUUGCCUCUGCUGACCUACCCAAUACUGGGAGACCAUUUCAGUGCAUCCCCGGGUACCGUGCUGAGGAGGCCGUGGAGCUCCUAAAGACCUUUUACAAACAGGAAAACCCAAAUGCACCAAAAUCAAAAGUUCGGAAAAAGGAUUGUCAGAAAUCCUGAUGCUGUAGUGAUCAAGGACUAGUGUUGGAGACCUGGACAGAAUUCCGGCCUGAAUGCUGCUGGCAUCACUGGUCACGUUUACAUGUUAUUACUGUGUGUGAAAAUGGUGUCUCUCAUCAUUUGCUCUGUUAAGGGAACAAAUUAGCCCUUUUUUAAAAGUCUGUAAACAACUAUUAGCUCUUCCACCAAGCUGAAAGAAUGUUUCCAGGAAGGGGAGGGAUUAAAGUUUGAGAUCAGCAAGCAGUGCCUGCCCUUGACCCACAGCCUUAGCCCCAGCUUCAUGAAGCUCUUUGUGGCUGUGGAGAUGGCCAAGUGGUUGCCAUGCAGCCACGAGGACUGGGUCCCCAACAAUGCCAGGUGGACUUGGUGGCCUGCCUGUAAUUCCAGUACUUGGAAAUCCCAGGGCUCCCGAAAUCCCAAAGCAAGCUAACUAAUUAGAUUAGCCCUUACCGGUGAGCUCUGUGGUCAAAUGAGAGAUGCUGCCUCAAUAAUAACGUGAAGGGUGAUCUCGGAGGAACCCUGGUGUCAACCUUAGGCGUCACAUGUCCACACGCUCCUCAUCUCCCAACCCAAAUGUAAGUCUGACACAUCAUCGGGAGAUUGAUCAAGCUCAAAACAGGAAAUAGAAGAAAGAAAAAAAAAAAAAAAAAAGCAAGCCUUGACAUUUUACCGAAUGCAUUCAGACCCGGUCCUACACCAGGCUCCACCAGGCACAGGUUCCUGGGCUUGUCCUAAUUUGUAUUGACUUUGGGGGGCGGGUGUGGAGGCAGAGGAGGCUCACCGGUGCUGUUCCUUAGAUGCAGUGCCACUCCUUCUUGACUUUUUUUUUUUUUUAAAGAGAAGAUUUCUUGAAAUUUACCACUCGGGGGUGAGGGAUUGUGUAGGCUGGCCAGGAAUGCCCAGAGUUCUACCUGUGCAGGAAUUACA